GACCCUAAAUCUACGCUCUCUUCAUGUAUAUAUUCAGUGACUUAAAUAAAGAACACUAGCAAAUAGAAGAGAGAAAUGGAGAGCAAGAUAAUUAUGGUGAUGGUGAUGAUGAUGGUGGUGAUGAAGGGUGCAGAAUGUAGGUUAAUUAAGAUAGGUGGAAGAGGAUGGAUUCCAAAUUAUAACUACACUCAAUGGUUGAAUCAACACCAUGACCAAUUCUAUGUUGGUGACUGGCUCUUAUUUGUGUUUGACAAGCACUACUUCAAUGUACUAGAAGUGAACAAGACAAGCUAUGAGAAUUGCAAUGACCAAGGUUUCAUAUUGAAUAUUACAAGGGGUGGUAGAGAUGUUUAUCAAUUGAAAGAGGCAAGGCCAUAUUACUUCUUGAGCAGUGGAGGGUAUUGUUGGAAUGGAAUGAAAUUAGCCAUUUCUGUCCAACAAUUUUCACCAUCAACCACUCCUGUUUCUUCACCACCUUCCAUCAAUGGCUCUCCUCAUAAUAAUUCUUCAAGGAUUAUUUUAGUUUCUGUUUCAUUUUAUGUUGCUUUGUUUUGGGUUAAUUUCUUCAAACCAUAGUACAUUUCUCAUCAACACAAUACUAAGAUUAAGUAAAAUUAUAGCA